AUGGGGAACCCCAAAAGAGAGACCCCGGCUUAUGAGAAGAAACAGCUCAUCAACAAGGUGUGCAGGGCCGCGAAGAGAGAGCAGGAGAAAACGGCCGCUCUCAAGAACGCGAGGGCGGAACUGCGCGAGACGCGGGACCCCUUGGAGAAGGCGGAGCAGGAGCUGCAGAAGGUGCGCAUGAAGCGCCGCUUGCCCCCUUGGGCGGCCAAGAAAGUGAGGCGGACUUUUCCCAUCCUCUCAGAGGACGAGACGGGCACCGCAAACCGCCCGUUUACACCUGUUGACGCCGAGGCGGGCGGUCCAAUGGAGGAGGUCGUGCACUUCGUUGACAUCGCGUCCGAUCACCGCCAAAACAUCGACAGAGACGCGAUCUUGGAGCACUUCCGUCGCAAGACGUUCAAGCUGUUCGUGGCGCCGACGGACAACGGCGGGAAGUAUAUCAUCAAGCACUACGUCGUGAAGAACAAGAUCAACAUUCACAGCCCCCCGAGCAUGCGCGCUGGUCAGGCGCGUGAGAUCGCGCGGGGCAUCCAUGAGAAAUCAGGGACGAAGGCGCUGCAGCACCUGCCCAUGCACUUCCCUGGCUUGAAGAUCAGGCGGUGGGCGCGCAGGGUCGGCGGCGAGCGCGUGGCCAUGCAGAGAAGCGCGACGAAGUUCGACUUCUUGCGCGGCCAGCCAGGGAAGAAGAGCUGCGCCAGGGUGUGCGACGACGGGGCGCUGAACGAGCAGCGCGCUCGGGCGGUCAAGUCCUUCGCGGACGUCGGGGAUGACGAGUCGAUGAUUUGGGCCCGCUGGGGGGCCACAGAAUGCGCGCAGGGGCAGCCCCGCUUGAUCGUGGACAACGCGUUCAACCCAGCCGCGCUCCGCCCGACCAGCGGCGGCUUCCCGACGAUCUCUCGCAAAGACUUCCCGGGCGCCGUGUCGACGACCUUCCCCCCAGGGGCGACUCUAGCCGACCUCUUGGCGUGUCUGCAGCGCUCGCGCGUGGCCCUCAACUUCGCGCGCGCCAACGGCAAUGUCUACGUCCUCAACCGCCUCGCCUCCGAGGGCACCGAGCCCGUUCGGUGCUUUGUCUUGGGCGAGUCGAACUUCAUCAACAUGCGCGGCAGGCGCCGCACUGACUUGUGGAAUGAGGGCCGCCGCCAGUUCGGGACCGAUUGCGACCAGGGCGUGCUGCGGGGGCAGAACUGGCUGGCACAGCUCAUGGAUGACGGCGAAAUCCCGCGAGGGCACGACGCUGACUCGGGCGCGGAGGACGUCUCCGCGGCCGCCGAGCCCCAGCCGUUCGGCAAGCUGUGCGCGGGGAACAUCUGGGGCAGCGCAGCAGCCGCGCCAGGGGGCGGAAUGCCCGCGGCCCCGAUGCCAGCCCCAGCCGCGCCAGGGGGUGGCUUGCCCGCGGCUCCGAUGCCGGCCCCAGCCGCAGAGCGGCACGCCCGCGGCCCCGAGGCAGGCGCCAUCUCGCUCACGGAACUCAGCUGUCUGAAGAAGGGCGCGGUCAAUGAUGGGUUCGACGCUUUGAGGAGGCUUGCGCCUGCCAAGAAGGAGGGGCGCAGCGUCGAGCAGUUGCGGGCGCUUCGCGCGCCGAUCAAGCGAGGCCCCGAGGGCCCCCGCAGGGCGGCGGGCUCGACCGAGAAGGCUGCCGAGCAGAAGGUGUUCUCGGCGACGCCCGUGGGCAAGGAGUGGCCGUCCACCGUCGCCCCGCCGCUGCUGUCGGAGGACGUUCGGGCGUCGCCCCCAAAAAAGGGCAAGCUUCGGAUGGUGCCCGGGCGCCCAUCUGCCGCCAAGACCAAGGACUGGAAGAACGCGCCGUGCGCCAGGGAGAAGAGCGCGACGCCUGGCAGGGGCUUGCGCCGCGAGCAAGCAAAGUGUAAGCGCGCAGUCCCAAAGCUCUCGGCGGCGUCUGACGUGGAGAUCGCGCACGCCUUGCUGGGGGACAAGCUGCUCGUCGAUUGGGCUGGGGCGGCUUGUCCUUUCAGCGGGCGCGGCGAGCUCGUUGAGUUAGCAGCUCGCCCGCGCGAGGGCGAUCGCUUCUUGCGCCGCAGCAACGCAAAGGGCUGCCAGAAGCACGCGCCCCCUGCCCGCCAUAACCCAAUCUUCAGCCAGCACUCGGCGUCCGAGAGCUCGCAGAAGCAGGCCGUGGCCCCACUGGCGAAGCUCGCGGGGGUUUCCACGCGAACACCCCACGUCCUCUUCGACGUAAACCACAAAGCGGUGGAGCAGACUUGGAGCAACGUUGGGCAGGUCCGGAGGAUGCGCGUGGAGGGCGUGGAGCCGACCAUUGAAUACAAUGGGCCGAAGGUAUGGGCCGACGUGGAAGCCGACGAGGCGACGUUCGACAAGUUGGACUUGGCUGAUGGCCCCGAGCCUUUGGAAGACCCGUCGCACCUCGUCAUGCGGGAUCAGUGGCUGGGCAAUGUGCAGCGCGGUAGGCAGCGCGCGCUCACCCUUACGAGGUUGGGCCCAGAGAUGGCGGAGAAGCGUUCCCCUGGCCCUGGGGCCGUGCGCAAAGUGAAAUGGAACCCCCGUGCGGAGCGCUGGCUGCAGGACCGCGAUGGCAUCUUUCACACUGACUCGGCGCGUUCUUACAAAUUAAGUGUGCCUGGGGUCAUUCACGACUUCGUUGUUCACAAGAAAAAAUACAAGAUCGUCGGCGGCAAGAGGGUGCUCAUUCCUCCCGGCUACGUCGAGCUGAAGACGCCCGCACUCCCGUCGGGCAAGCACUUCAAGGUCAAGAGCGGCGUGACGUUUCAGCAAAGACCGCAUGCACAGGAGCGCCAACGCCAAGGCAGGAACCAAACUGCUUGCCACCAAAGUCCGCUCGGCCCGAUACGAAUACUGGCACAAGACGACUUGUGGGUCAAGACGAGGGAGAUGGUGAUGGUGCAGCACAUCAUGCGCGACCUGCUGACUGCGUGA